AUGACCUUCCUCCAAUCAAUCCUGGCCCCCCUUUUGCGGCCCCUCGGCUUCGUCCCGGUCUCCUCGGCCAACCUGCUGACCCCGGGGCCGGCCCAGGACGAGGACGACCCCCGGCUGGACCACCAGAUCCUCCGCCACAGCCCGACCUUCCCGCUGUCGGUUCUCCUGCUGACCGACUCCUACAAACUGAGCCACCCCUUCCAGUACCCGGCGGCCAAGCGCUAUCCCUCCACCGUGGCCACCCUCUCGCGCAAAGCCCGCACCAUCAUCGAGCAGGCCUUCGAGAAGACCUGCGACCCGGAGAGCAUGGCCCUGGUCCCGUCGCGCCUGCACGACUUCGGCUUCCGCGGGUGCACCUCCGUCGAGCAGACCAUCAUCGGGGGCACCGCGCACCUGCUCAACUUCGAGGGGACCGACAAUGUGUCGGCCGCCUACUUCGCCCAGUAUGCCCUCAAUGAUGGGCACUUCGCCGGGGUCAGCAUCCCGGCCACCGAGCACUCGGUCAUGACGUCCUUCGAGACGGAGAAGGCCGCCAUGCUGCACAUGAUCGAAACCUUCGGCAGCUCCAUCUUCGCCGUGGUCAUGGACUCCCUGGACUAUGGCCGCGCGCUGCGGGAGCUCCUGCCGGCCGUGGCCGAGGCCAAGGUCCGCGCCGGGGGCUGGCUGGUUGUGCGCCCGGACAGCGGCGACAUCGUGGCCGUGGUGAUGGACGCCCUGAACAUCAUGUCCAAGGUGUUCGGCUACACGAUCAACACCCGCGGCUUCAAGGUCAUCACCGGGGCCUCGGUCAUCCAUGGCGACGGGGUCACCCUGCCGGCCAUCAGCCGGCUGCUGGACGCCAUGGCCGAGGCCGGCUUCGCCGCGCAGAAUGUCGCCUUCGGCAUGGGCGCCGGCCUGCUGCAGAAGGUCAACCGCGACGAGCUGAGCCUGGCCACCAAGCUCUGUCGCGUGGUCUUGCCGUCGGGCGCCGCGCGCGAGGUGAUGAAGUCCCCGAUCGACGCGCCCGGCAAGAUCUCCCUCCCCGGGUCGUUUGCCGUUCGGCUGGACCCGACGGCCGCCGCGCAGGGGGUCUACCUGCCGGUGACGCAUGCGCGCGAGGAGUUCACCGGCCCGGAGGGCGUCGAUGACGAGUCCCUCGCCGUGGAGGGGGACCUGCUCCAGGUGGUGUACGAUUGCGGCCCGGUGGCCGUGCAGCACGAGACAAUGGCCGCCACCCGGGUGCGCCUGUCGCGGGACUGGGCCGCCGCGGCGCCCGUGCCGCCGGCCAGCUCGCGCCCCGAGCUCGACGGCCACACCCCGGACGCCAUUGUCUACCAGACCGUGUCGCCCUUCCUCCGGGCCAAGGCGCGCCGGGUCCGGGCCGAGCAGCUCGAUCGCCUGGAGGCCGCCUACACCCAGGAUGCCUGA